GUAGGGGCAUCAAAGACAGAGUCACCGGUAUAAUGAUUCAGAAAACCGACAAAGACAUAGUGCCCAAAAAGAUGCUUAGAGAGAGAACCACUUGUUCUCCAUUCCCCACCUUUUUGGUAGGGCUAUAAACAUGGCUCUCCCCUUUCUUCUAAUCUCUGAAACGAGAGCAUCAGCUUAGAGUGCUUUAAUACUCUCCAAAGGACGAUGAGUACGGAUUUACAGGUAUUGUUCACACCCAUGUUCACACCUUUAUGUACAGUGUUGGCUAUGCUAUUAGGCCUAUUGGGUUACUUGUAUGGGCCCUACUGGGGUGUUAGGAAGGUACCAGGCCCGCCUGUGAUCCCCUUGUUGGGUCACCUUCCCUUGAUGGCAAAGCAUGGCCCUGAUGUGUUCACACUCCUUGCAAAGCUUUAUGGCCCCAUUUUCAGGUUUCAUAUGGGGAGACAGCCACUGAUCAUAGUAGCUGACCCAGAGCUUUGUAGAGAAAUUGGAAUAAAGAAGUUCAAAGACAUCCCAAAUAGAAGUAUACCCUCUCCCAUCUCAGCUUCACCUCUUCAUCAGAAAGGUCUCUUCUUCACCAGGGAUGCAAUAUGGUCAAACAUGAGAAACUCAAUACUGUCAGUCUACCAGCCAUCACACUUGGCCAGCCUAGUGCCCACCAUGCAAUCAUUCAUUGAGUCUGCAACUGAGAAUUUCCAAUCUCUUAAAGAAGAAGAAAUCACUUUCUCCAACCUCUCCCUCAAAUUGGCCACAGAUGUAAUAGGACAAGCUGCAUUCGGUGUUGACUUUGGCCUCUCCAAACCACAAUCAACCAGUGAUUCAGUCAACAGUUUCCAUAGCCAAGGAAAAGACAACACUGAUGUCUCAGAGUUCAUUAAACAACAUAUCUACUCAACAACACAACUUAAGAUGGACUUAUCAGGUUCCUUUUCUAUUAUUCUUGGUCUACUUGUCCCAAUACUGCAGGAGCCCUUUAGGCAGAUCCUCAAGCGAAUUCCUGGCACUAUGGACUGGAAAGUUGAUAGGACUAAUAAGAAUAUAAGUGGCCGGCUUGAGGAGAUUGUUAGAAAGAAAAUGGAAGAGAAAAAUAAGGGUUCAAAGGACUUCUUGUCACUCAUAUUACGGGCAAGGGAAUCAGAGACUCUGUCGAAGAAUGCUUUCACUCCGGACUAUAUCAGUGCAGUUACUUAUGAGCAUCUGCUUGCAGGAUCAGCUACAACAGCAUUCACAUUAUCUUCAGUUGUUUAUUUAAUUGCUCAACAUCCAGAAGUCGAGAAGAAACUGCUUGCUGAAAUUGAUGGGUUUGGUCCACAUGAGCAGAUGCCAACAGCUCAAGAUCUUCAAAACGAAUUCCCCUACCUUGAUCAGGCAAUUAAAGAGGCAAUGAGGUUUUACGUUGUCUCUCCAUUAAUUGCAAGAGAAACAUCGAAAGAAGUAGAGAUAGGAGGUUAUCUUCUCCCAAAGGGUACAUGGAUCUGGUUAGCACCUGGAGUUCUAGCAAAAGAUCCCAAGAAUUUCCCAGAGCCAGACAAGUUCAAGCCGGAGAGGUUUGAUCCAAAUUGUGAAGAAGAGAAACGAAGGCAUCCUUAUGCUCUCAUACCCUUUGGACUUGGACCUAGAGCUUGUAUUGGCCAGAAAUUUUCCAUACAAGAAAUCAAGCUCUCACUGAUACAUUUAUACCGGAAAUAUUUAUUUCGACAUUCCCCUCACAUGGAGAAACCUCUUGAACUUGAAUUUGGCAUAGUUCUAAACUUCAGGCAUGGCGUAAAGCUUAGAAUUGUAAAACGAACUUGAAGAUUGUUAUGCUGGGUUGUAACAUCUUUGUUUCGAUAAAUCUCCUAGAAAGAUCUCCUAUCACCUAGAAAUAUCUCCUGUACGAAGAAUUAUCAUGGAAAGAGCUUGCUUUCAAAUAAAUAUUAAAAAAACAUAUUCAUGUUGAUAAA